AUGGAGCAUCCGGCUCAGUUUGUAAGUCUCGCGAGCUACGGACAGAGUUGUGGUAACACUGGAUACAAGUCGCUGUUUAGUACUUACUAUCUAUCUAUCUAUCUAUCUAUCUAUCUAUCUAUCUCACCUCUUUUGAUCUAUCUAUCUAUCUAUCUAUCUAUCAUCUAUAUCUAUCUAUCUCAGUCUGCUUGUAUCUAUCGAUCAAUCUAUCUUUUUGAUCUAUCUAUCUAUCUAUCUAUCUAUAUCUAUCUAUCUAUCUAUCUAUCUCACCUCUUUUUGAUCUAUCUAUCUAUCUAUCUAUCUAUCUAUCUAUCUAUCUAUCUAUCUAUCUAUCUAUCUAUCUCAGUCUGCUUGUAUCUAUCGAUCAAUCUAUCUGUAGCCUCUUUUGAUCUAUCUAUCUAUCUAUCUAUCUAUCUAUCUAUCUAUCUAUCUAUCUAUCUAUCUCAGUCUGCUUGUAUCUAUCUAUCAAUCUAUCUUCUGCUUGUAUCUAUCGAUCAAUCUAUCUGUAUCUAUCUAUCUAUCUAUCUAUCUAUCUAUCUAUCUAUCUAUCUAUCUAUCUCAGUCUGCUUGUAUCUAUCGCAAUCUAUCUUUUUGAUCUAUCUAUCUAUCUAUCUAUCUAUCUAUCUAUCUAUCUAUCUAUCUAUCUCAGUCUGCUUGUAUCUAUCUAUCAAUCUAUCUGUAGCCUCUUUUGAUCUAUCUAUCUAUCUAUCUAUCUAUCUAUCUAUCUAUCUAUCUAUCUAUCUCAUCUAUCUAUCGAUCAAUCUAUCUGUAGCCUCUUUUGAUCUAUCUAUCUAUCUAUCUAUCUAUCUAUCUAUCUAUCUAUCUCACCUCUUGAUCUAUCUAUCUAUCUAUCUAUCUAUCUAUCUAUCUAUCUAUCUAUCUAUCUAUCUAUCUAUCUCAGUCUGCUUGUAUCUUUUGAUCUAUCUAUCUAUCUAUCUAUCUAUCUAUCUAUCUAUCUAUCUAUCUAUCUAUCUCACCUCUUUUGAUCUAUCUAUCUAUCUAUCUAUCUAUCUAUCUAUCUAUCUAUCUAUCUAUCUCACCUCUUUUGAUCUAUCUAUCUAUCUAUCUAUCUAUCUAUCUAUCUAUCUAUCUAUCUAUCUAUCUAUCUAUCUCAAGCUGCUAGUAUCUAUCUGUCUACAAGCAACGUUAAACAAUUUUCUUUCUUUCUUUCUUUCUUUUCUUUCUUUCUUUCUUUCUUUCUUUCUUUCUUUCAUUUUCUCACUGAAACCAAUUGCAGUGCGGAGGUCGACCUCAAUAUGUCGCCUACCCAGGUGCAGCGCAGAGAUCUACCUCAAUAUGUCGCCUACCCAGGAGCAAGUUGGAGGUCUACUGCAAUAUGUCAUCUACCCAGGUGCAGCACAGAGGUCUACAUCAAUAUUCCGCCUACCCAGGUAUAGCAUGGAGGUCUACCUCAAUAUGCCGCCAACCAAGGUUCAGUGUGGAGGCCUUCCUCAAUCAUUCGCCUACCCAGGUGCAGCACGAAGGACUACCGCAAUAUGUCGCCUACCCAGGUGUAAAACGGAGGUCUACCUCAAUAUGCCGCCUACCCAGGUGCAGCGCGGAGGCCUUCCUCAAUCAUUCGCCUACCUAGGUGCAGCGCGAAGGUCUACCUCAAUAUGCCGCCUACCCAGGUGCAGUGCAGAGGUUUACCUCAAUUAUUCGCCUACCCAGGUUCAGCGCGGAGGUCUAACAUGCCCCUCCCUUCACGUAGCCAUGAGGUCAUGUGUCUGUUCUCACGAUAUCUAUCUAUCUAUCUAUCUAUCUAUCUAUCUAUCUAUCUAUCUAUCUAUCUGUCACUCAGACUAUCUAUCUAUCUAUCUAUCUAUCUCCAUAUUGACAUCUAUCUAUCUAUCUAUCUAUCUAUCUAUCUAUCUAUCUAUCUAUCUAUUGUCACAGUUCAUUAUCUAUCUAUCUAUCUAUCUAUCUGUCACUCAGUCUAUCUAUCUAUCUAUCUAUCUAUCUAUUUUUGAUGUGUGA